UGAUCACGAAGUAUGGUAGAGAUCACACUUGUGUUAUGGGCAGAAUGUCUACCAACCAUUGUAAUUUGGACAUGAAUUACAUUUCUGCAAUAUUGGUUACAAAAGUUUGUGAAAAACCAUCUUGCGAAGUUUCGGUAGCCAAACAACUUGUGUAUACUGAAUUGGAAUUUGAAAUCUCAUACCAGAAGGCGUGGUACAGUUUAAGACGCUGCAGGGAUAACAUAUUUGGUACUUGGGAGAGCUCCAUCGCGAAGUUACCCAAGUACAUGAAAGCAUUGCAAAUGAGUAAUCCCGGAACGAUUGUGGAGUGGCAGAGUAAGCCGAUGAAUCAUCCAAGCCAGAAAGUGAUCAAGUAUGUCUUCUGGGCCUUCAAGCCAUGCCUAGAUGGCCCUCGCAAUACUUCAUUGCUACGUCUACAAGGUCGACAUAGAUCAAGUGAUUUGGGCGAGGCAAAUAUCGAUGAUGUUGUGCGUGCUAGACGCGCAGAUCAUGGCAUUUGGACCUUAUUCCCGGCGGGUGUGCAUCCUCAUCCUCGAGUGAUGCAAUUGAUAUAUACAAUGGGAUUUUAUGGCGUAUAUCGGUGUAGACGCAUGAAGGUUGAUUUUCAUCUCAUAACUGCUUUGAUCGAGAGAUGGCGAGAGGAGACGCACACCUUUCAUUUUCGCAUCGGUGAGGCGACAAUUACACUGCAAGAUAUUGCUUUAUUGUGGGGCCUACCUAUAAAUGGGAUUCCAGUCAUCGGUACUGAUUAUAUGUAUUGUACAACUGCUUGGAUCGACUAUUGUAAGGCCUUAUUAGGUUUUCAUCCAUAACCUAAUGACCUUAGGGGAGGGAAAUUAAAGGUUUUGGCCCUUACAAACUAUUUGGUUGACAAUUCUGUCAACGAUCAAAGUUCCGAUGUACGUGUUGCUCAAUUUACUCGAGCAUUGGCAUUCAUGCUAUUUGGUGGGAUUAUGAUUCCGGGUAGCACCGGAAAUGCUAUACCUUUGAUGUAUUUGAAGAAUUUUGAGGACA